AAACUGGAUCCCCGUGUUAUUUCAGGUACUGAUGUUGUCAUUGUAAAGAGUGGAAGACGCAUAUGUGGAACUGGUGGUUGCAUUGCAAAUGCCCCUCUCCAUCAAAACAAGAGCUACUUUGAAUUCAAGAUUCAGUCCACAGGUGUCUGGGGAGUAGGAGUGGCAACGCGGAAAGCAAAUCUGAACCAGAUCCCUAUGGGUAGAGACCCGCACAGCCUUGUGCUCCGGCAAGAUGGCACCGUCUUCCACAACAAUGAAGAAAAGAACAGAUUACCUGCAAACAGCUUACCGCAGGAAGGAGACAUUGUGGGUGUUACGUAUGACCAUGUGGAGCUGAAUUUGUACCUAAAUGGGAAGAAUAUGAACUGUCCAGCAUCAGGCAUUAGAGGAACUGUUUAUCCUGUAAUUUAUGGUAAGAAUUUUUCAGUAUUAUUUUCUUUUUUUAAUGACUAUAACUAA